GUGUCGAGGCGACGUGCUCUACACGACGGAGCGGCAAAUCGCGUCUUCUCCAACUCGCAAGCCGCACGCUCGCUCUCCUUCUCUCUUCCUUUCCUCUUUCCUCUCUUUGAUCUUUGCUCUACCUCUCUCUCACUCUCCGUUCUUUCUAACCCGUUCGCGCGUCUCCGUUGCCGUUUUCCUCCUCCCGCGUGGUUCCCUGUACCUCCCCCUCCGCGCGUCGUUCCUUAUCCUCGCGCGUUGCUCCUCUUUCCUCGGCCCAUUCAUCCUUCUCGGUCCACCUUUCCGUCUUUUUCCGUUCGAGCGUUUCUCCGCGCGCGUUCCUCUCUCUCUGUCCUCGUCGCGCGCGGCCUACAGCUACCUGGCCGUGUUACGGCGGGGUUCCGGAUACGCGCGUCGACUUCGUCAACGUUGUGUCGUGCGGUACGCUCUCCGCCACGGAAUUCCAGUGCCACGUCUCGAGUUCGAGCCGACGGUCGCGGUGGGUCGGGGACGGUCGAUCGGUCGGUCGGUCGUCGUCUGUCAGUCGGAUCGCACCGAUCGUGCGUGGAGUCAGUGUCGCGUGCGUUUAUACCUGUUCUUAUCAUCAUCGUCGUCGUCGUUGUUCCUGCGAACGAGUCACGUGCAUCGCGACCACCGUGUGCCCAGUGUCAACGUAUCCGAUCCAAAAAGAAACGAAAGUCAACGAGGAGCACGCGAACGGAGCAACGCAAGGGGAGGAAAAACGAGUUUAAUUAAGGGACGAAAUUGGGUCUUGCAUCGACUCAAAGUGCCAUAGUAACACGUAUACGCCAGAAAUAUAUAAAUAAUAUCGAAUCUUCCCGUGAAGAUAAUAAGCCUAAGUGAUCCUCGACUUGGUGAUAUUCCUCGAAACGUUUCGCGUUCGAUCGUGGUUUUUUGGUGUCAGUACCAGUGCGCGUGGUUACACGUGAAAACAAGGGAAGAUAAGAAACGCCGCGCGAAAGAGAAGCCCCCCCCCCCGAUGAACGGCGAGAGCGCGUCGUCUCCUCGUCGCUGAUCGUUGGGUCUCGAAAGAACCUAAGGGAGACGAACGAUCGAGUUAACUGGCUAACGAGAUGUCCACUCAGGCCUAUUACAAGGAGAGGCUCGGUUUCGAUCCGGCCGAUACCGUGGCGGAACACCAUCGCGAGCAGAGAUGGCAGCACGGAUACGAGGAGUCGCUUUCCAAGUUCAAAGGUCAGAACGAAAAUGGAUUUUCGUGGUGGAUGAUGGAGGAGCAUCGGGAGAAUUGUCGGGCGGACGGGGCCGCGGAGGAACAUCGUUCCGGCAGCUCGCAGGCUUUCUGGGGUUGCUGGGCGAUGUUCAUCGAGGCGCACGACGAACGAGACGCAAUCCAAAAGAAAACAUUCACCAAAUGGGUGAACAAGCAUCUGAAAAAGCAUUGGAAGUACGUGAAGACUUACACGUGCCUGCACGUGUGCGUCCUUGUGAACAACCAGCCAUGCUGUUCCCCCACUGCCAGCAGACAUGUCGGAGAUUUGUUCGAGGACCUGCGGGACGGGCACAACCUCAUUUCCUUGCUGGAGGUUCUCUCAGGCGAGCAUCUCCCGCGAGAGAGGGGUCGAAUGCGUUUCCACAUGCUGCAGAACGUGCAAAUGGCCCUUGAUUUUCUGCGAUACAAGAAAAUCAAGCUCGUCAAUAUCCGUGCGGAAGAUAUCGUCGAUGGAAACCCGAAGCUCACCCUCGGCUUGAUAUGGACCAUCAUACUUCACUUCCAGAGCUGGCGACGCAAGAUAUCCGAUAUAGUCGUGGGCCAGGAACCUAAUGUUACCGCUCGCGAAGCUCUCCUGAGAUGGGCCAGACGAUCGACGGCGCGUUACCCAGGUGUACGCGUCACGGACUUCACCGGAUCCUGGAGGGACGGUUUGGCGUUCAGCGCCCUGAUACACCGAAACAGGCCAGACCUGGUCGAUUGGAGAGGAGCUCGUUCCUGUCAGCCACGAGAGCGGCUCGACCGGGUCUUCCACGUCGCGGAGCGCGAGUAUGGCGUUACGAGGCUUCUCGAUCCCGAAGACGUGGAUACCCCCGAACCGGACGAGAAGUCCUUGAUAACGUAUAUCUCUUCGCUCUACGACGUGUUCCCGGAGCCGCCCGCGAUUCACCCGUUGUACGACGCCGAGGCUCAAAGACGAUCCGCGGAGUACAGAGAGCUCGCCAGUUCUCUUCAUCUGUGGAUACGCGAGAAGAUGAGCUUGAUGCAGGAACGUGCCUUUCCACCCACUUUGAUCGAGAUGAAGAAACUGGCGGCGGAUAGCGCGAAAUUCAAGAACGAGGAAGUGCCGCCUCGAUACAGAGACAAGCAACGACUCUCCUACAUAUUCAGGGAUCUGCAAAAGUAUUUCGAGGCGGUCGGCGAGGUGGAUAUGGAGCCGGAAUUACACAUCGACGUUAUCGAGAAGAAUUGGAACCGUUUGAUAAUGCUGCAUCAGGAGAGGGAGCAGGCGAUCAUCGACGAAAUUAAACGACUCGAACGACUUCAACGACUGGCCGAGAAAGUUCACAGAGAGAUGAAGACGACCGACAACCGAUUGGAGGAGCUGGAGAGACGCGUGGAAGACGAAGCGAGACGCCUCGAUCGUCUUCAUCCUCUCGAAGCGAAACACGCGGUGGACCUUCUCGAGCAAGACAUACGAAACACCGAAAUUCAAAUACAGAAUAUAUUCACGGACGUACACACUCUAACCGAAGGAAGAUACAGUCAAGCGGCCGAGCUCCACAAGAGAGUUCAGAAGCUACAUCAACGAUGGGUCGCGCUGCGAUCUCUUCUCCACAAACGUUUGGUACAGCCGCUGUCGGCCGUGUCUUUCCCGGUGGAGGAGCGCGUCGUCACAAAACACCGUACUACCGUCCACGAAACACGUUUGGUAGACACCAAUCCGCAUUUCCGUGCAUUGCACGACUGCAUCGACUGGUGCAAGGCGAAGAUCAAGCAGCUCCAAGAGGCAGACUACGGCUCGGACUUGCCCAGCGUGCAGAACGAGCUGGACGUUCACCAAAGGGAGCACAAGAACAUCGAACAGUUCCAUCCUAAAGUCGACAGAUGCGUGCAAUCCAAGAGCCACUUCCACGGGGAGGAGUUGACGUUGUACAGUCAACAUCUCGCCGUUCUUCAGAAACUCUAUGCCGAAUUAUUUUCGGCCUCCAACAAGAGACUGUCCGACCUGGACACGUUACACGACUUCAUACAAUCCGCUACCGGCGAGCUGGUUUGGUUGAGCUCCAAGGAGGAAACGGAGGUGACGCGCGACUGGAGCGACAAGAACCUGAACGUGCAGAGCAUCGAGCAGUAUUACGAGCGUACCUAUGGAUCCGGUAUAGAGUCCCUCAUGAGCGACUUGGAGAAAAGAGAGAUUCAAUUCUCCGCGGUGCAAGAUCGAGGCGAAGCGCUGGUUCUUCAACAUCAUCCGGCUGCCAAGACGAUCGAGGCUUACAUGUCGGCCAUGCAGAGUCAGUGGGCUUGGCUACUUCAGCUGACACUGUGCUUGGAGGUUCACUUGAAACACGCGGCUCAAAGUCAACAGUUCUUCCGCGAGAUCCAGCAGGCGGAACAGUGGAUCGGGAAGAGAGACGAGACCCUUAACACCAUUUACUCUCAGUCCGACUUCUCCCUGGACGAGGGUGAACGACUUCUGAAAGGCAUGCAAGAACUCCGCGAAGAAUUAAACAGUUACGGCGAUCACGUGCAGAAGCUGGUCGACCAGGCGAAAGACGUCGUUCCCAUGAAGCAGCGUCGACAGCCCGUGACGCGACCUAUGCAGGUCACUUGCGUCUGUAGUUACAAGCAAGUCAACAUGUCGAUCGAGAAAGGAGAACAAUGCACGUUGUAUGACAACUCUGGUAGAAUAAAGUGGCGUGUCAAGAACCAGGAAGGCGUUGAAUCCCCCGUACCGGGCGUCUGCUUCGCUCUUCAACCACCCGAUAAAGACGCCCUCGACGCGGCUGAGAGAUUGCGACGACAAUACGACCGUAGCGUCGCGCUCUGGCAACGAAAGCAGCUGCGUCUGCGACAGAACAUGAUAUUCGCGACUAUCAAGGUAGUGAAGGGUUGGGAUUUGCCGCAGUUCUUGGCCAUGGGUCAAGAUCAACGAACAGCUAUCAGAAAAGCGUUGAACGAGGACGCUGAGAAAUUGUUGUCGGAGGGCGACCCGGCGGACCCGCAAUUGAGACGUUUGAAACGGGAAAUGGCCGAAGUGAAUAAGCUGUUCGACGAGCUAGAGAAACGAGCCAGGGCGGAGGAGGAGUCAAAGAACGCGGGUCGUAUUUUCAACGAGCAGGUGUCGGCCCUUCAGCAGGCGCUCGAUGAAGCGGAGAGAGUGUUGAAUGCUUGCAUAGCCGCUCCUUUGCCCAGAGACCUCGACAGUUUGGAACACUUGGUCCUGCAGCACAAGGACUACGAGCAGAGUCUUCGUCGCUUGACGCCGGAUCUCGACCGGGUUCAGCAGACUUUCCGUGGCAUCACUUUGAAGACUCCAGCGAUGAGGAAUAAGCUCGACGCCAUUACCAGCAAGUGGAAUCACAUCUGGAACGCUAGCAAUCUUUACAUCGAGCGGCUCAAGUGCGUCGAGAUUCUGCUCUCUAGUCUGGAGGAGAACACGACCGUGAUCUCCGAGUUCGAAGUGAAAUUGGCUUCCUUCGAUGAACUACCAGCCGAUCUGAAGGGUCUACAGAACGUGUUGGAGGAUUUGAGGGUUCUCCAGAACGCCAUCACUCAACAGCAGAGCGCUAUGGAUCAACUGAACGAGGACGCGCAUAACACCAGACGUCUCGUCGAAAGGUCAAGGCCUAGUCAUCGUGGUCCCCACACGGACAUGGACCGAUUGGACGCGGAAGUAAACCGACUGAACGUUAGAUGGACGAACGUGUGCGGUCAACUCGUGGACAGAGUUCGCAGCGCGGAGGCGGCCUACAGUCUGGCACAGCAAAUGGAGCACGCGUAUAGAAACGAGGUUGAUUUCGUCGACGAAUCCUAUAGCAAACUCGAGGUGGAGAACGCGAAGAAUCUAUUGAACAGAGUGGUGGAUCGAGCCCCAGCGAUCGAGGCGGUAAAUGUGACGGGUGGUCGAUUGAUUCGCGAAGGAAAGAUCUAUGGACAGAGGCUUCGAGCGUUCAAGGAACAAUUGGAAGAUAUAUGCCCGUCGAUGGACGCCACGGUGAAGAAGCCGCGAAGAGAGUUCGUUUCGACGGUCGACGACGUGGCGCGAGACCUAGACACCCUUAACAGGAAGUACACCACGCUCGUGAAUAUCCUUCAGGAGCGAGUGAGGCAGAUGGCGGCUAUUCAUCCCGAGGAUGCGUCUCUGCAGCGUGCUCUUCAGGAGCAAAGGCCGCUCAAAACGUUUCGGACGGAAUUCAACAUUUAUGAGAGCAGCACCUGCGAGGAGCGCUACACUUCGACAACGACACACUACACACAGUCGCAGUACAGUUUGGAGCGGCACGAGAGGACAGAGCGGACGGAGAGGACCGAGACGGUCUUGUCCAGCGACACUACACGCCAUUCGAGUUCCCAGGACGGGUCUCGUCUCGGUCAGGAUGUCGCGAUCGUUCCGACCGCGCAUUCGGAGAACGAGAUCGAGAGAGAGAAAAUUACGCGAAGACGAGAGAACGACGAGAAGAGGGAACGCGUGGACGAGAGGGACGAGACGUCCUGGUCGAGGACCAGCAGCGGCGGCAGCGUGCAUUUUAGCGAGAUUAGGAGUUUAAAGAGGAUAGAGAGGGCGGAAGAGGGUAUAGGUACAGAGAACGUAAUAGAGGCUAGGGGUAUCGUAGAUCAGAGAACGGGGAACGUGUUGACGGUUGGCGAGGCGAUUAGUCUUAGGAUUCUGGACGUUAGGAAGGGUAGAAUAGCGUGCUCGGACAGCAGAAAGACCGUGACGAUCGAGGAGGCGGCUCGUGAGAAGAUAAUCGACUCGCGGCUCGCGGAUCGUCUGUUGGGCCCGUGCGGGUUCGACGAGGAGGGACGACCGGUGUCUCUGCUCGAGGCGAUUCAACGGGAGCUGUACGACGCGGAGAAAACCGACGGGUCCGGGCCCGGGGAUAGAGCGAAGGUAACUUACAGACAGAGCACGCCCGUCGACGCGAGCGAGGCGGUUAGCGUAGCCGAUGCGAUAAAGGAGGACACGGUCGAAGGGAGAGGUUCCGCGUUGGACCCGCGGACGGGCGAAUUCGUUACGGAGGACGGCGAGAGGCUGUCGGUCGAGGAGGCGCACGCGAGAGGCUACCUGGCCAAGCUAGACGUGACCGUUACGGUGAAGAGGAGCGCGUUGCCGUUAUCCGACGCGAUAUCGCAGGGUUUGGUGGACGAGACGCUUGGACGCGUGCUUGAUAGAAUCACCGGUGAGAGUUACGCUAUCGACGAGGCGAUCGAGGAAGGGAUUCUGGAUCCUACGGCGAGAGAGAUCGUGGACGCGAAGAACGACACCAAAGUGACGCUUCUGGAGGCCAUGAAGCAGGGUAUCGUUAAUCCAAAGACCGGGAAGUACAUGCACGGACUGACCAUGGAGAAGUUGUCGUUGAAGGAGGCGCGUCGAAGGCGGCUGAUCGUUAAGCCGAUGACGCUGAAAGAUUGUCGGGAUUCGGGGAUCAUCGACGAGGGCGGGAAGAUCACUAGUCCCGCGCAUCGAACGAAGUUGACCGUGACGGAGGCGAUCGAGCGAGGCGUUCUCGACACGGAUCGUUUGAACUCGAUCGUCGACCUGAGAACCGGCGAGAGAGUCACACUGUCGGAGGCGUUGAACCGUGGUUUAAUCGAUCCGGAGAAGGCCACCUACAGAGACUCCACGGAGGAGUGCGCUAUUUCGGAAGCAGUCGAGAAGGGGCUCAUCACUUCGCUCGCUCAGAAGACGAUAUUCGACGUGGACGGAUUCAAAGAUCCGCUGACCGGGGAGUACGUGACCCUGAACGCUGCGCUGCUCAAGGGUUUGAUCAGUUCGAAGUCUGGUGGUAGCUACAUAGUAGAUCCCAACACCGGUGAGACGGUCUCGCUGGCCAAAGCAGAGGAACAAGGCUACGUUCGACCAGAGGUUUCGGAGAUGCUGAACCGAGGAAUAGGAAUUAUCGAAGAGGGUAAAGAGAUCACGUUUCUCGAAGCCGUUUUCGCCGGACUGCUCGAUCCCAAAACUGGUCUUUUGUUAGAUCCUAGGACCAAGAAGCCAGUGCCUCUAGAAAACGCGAUUAAACGAGGACUUAUCACGCCUGACGGUGCUGCUUUGCUCACUGGUUUGUUGAAUGUCACCGUUACCACGCAGAGUGUAACGAAAGUCAGAGAAGUUCAACAGGAGGUGGUCGAAAGAAUAGUCGACAAGAGACCAACGGACGCGAAUGAACGAUCGCCUUCCGUUGAUAGUACGAUGGACGUCGACGAAUCUUCCGAGUCCGAAGAAUCUUUGGAGUCUAAGCUAAACGACAACGUACCUAGAGCGAUUGGCACCACCACGACCAUAGUUUCUUUCUCGGGGGUAGAUACUAAGAAUGUAGUUAAAAAUAAGAACGAAACUGUAUUACGUACCAUGAGAAGUAUGUCCCCGGAUGACAAUACGAACGUCGAGCGUCUGUCAUGGUCGAAUCAUCGUAAAGAUCCAGAUCAAGAUCAGGACACGACCGUCACUGACGAUUUUACGAUCAAUGAACGCUCCAGAGAAUGUUCACCGACGGAAAAACGCGUGUUCGAAUUGCCUACCGACGGAUGGUCGCUUUCCGAUGCGAUCCAUCAAAAGUUGUUUGAUCCAACCACGGGUCUGUUUAUAAUCCCCGGAACUGACAGAUUGGUUUCCUUCGAGGAGUGCGUGAAACUUCGAAUAAUAGAUCCUAAUUCGGGUCUCGUGAUCGAUCCGAGCAACGGAAGGAAAGUGUCCCUGCUACGAAGUUUAGAAAAGAACAUUUUAGAUUCUACGGGUCACUACGCUGAACCAGAAAAAAUUUCAAUGAAAAAAGCGAUCAAGAAAGGUUUGGUGAUCUUGAUAGGUAGGACUCCUGCAGACGAAAGCCCCCAACAGAGACUAUUACGAAUUACUAAGGUAUCCGGGGAACCGGACAAACUCGAGUUGUCGCGAUCAGAUGAUCCUUCGAAACAGUUGGAGAUCAUUCCAUCAGAAGCUAGUCUCUCGAUACCGGAUCCUGUACGAGUCUCGAAAGGUCUCAUCUACGAUCCAAGCACGGCUCUGGUCAUAUCGACCGAAACUGGAAGAUCGAGCGAGCUGUUGUCAGCCCUGUCCGACGGCACUUUGCCCUACGACGUGGUGGUCGUUAAAGACCCCCUCACCGAGAAGGAUAUCGGAAUAAUGGAGGCCAUUCAACGUGGCAUAGUGAACAAAGAGAAAGCGGAGUACAAAGUCGACGAGAAAAGGAAAAUAUCGUUAUUAGACGCGGCGAAAUUCGGCAUAAUAACCGUCGUGGGUUCGCCCCUCGAGCCAGUCACAUCUUUCACGCCUCCAACCGAAGAAUCGUCCGUCUCGAGGACCGACGGAGAAGCUGAACCAGAGACGGAACGUAGAGACGCAACGUUGACAUCUAAAGCGAGCUACGAGCCCAAAUACACAGUGACCAUUGGGAAAGCCAUGGAAAGCCAAUUCGACGAAGCCAAACCUAUCGUGCUUCAGAAGAUGAGAAAGAGAGUAGUGAACAGUAAGGAAGCCGUGGAGAGUGGACUGAUCGACGCAGAGACGGCCGAGAUUUUUGCCAGCAAAAUGACAACGGACAAUGGUAAACUCGUCACGCUCUCGGAAGCUAUUCGCGAUAAACGGAUAGACGCGAAAUCAGGGAAGAUCAUCGAUCCUCAGAGAGGAGACGUAUUGAACAUUGGCGAGGCAGUGGAGCGUGGAAUUUUGGAUCCGGAGAGCGCCGACGUGCUGGUACCUCUGGCGAAGAGCCUGUCGAUUCCUGGCUUGUACCGCCAGGGUUUGUUAGACCCCGUGGAGGGUAAAGUUGUUCACCCGGAGACUGGCGCUCAUCUUACUCUCAGAGAAGCGAUUCUCUGCGAGAUAGUCGACCCUCUGUCGAAUCUAGAGUGCUCGAACGGUCGCACCGAGACUCUUCGUAACGCGAUCGAGAGCGGUCUCGUCGAUCCGGAAAGGUCUUUGAUAAAAACCACCAAAGGCGAGAGCGUAGGACUGGUCGAGGCUGUCCAGACAAACGUGUUCGUGGAUUCGAACAAAGGUCGCGAACAGAUACCUCCAGUCGGCAUGACGUUCAACGUGGCGCUCGAACGCGGUUUGAUAGACACGACCGGCACGCAAAUACGACAUCCGACUAUCGGUGAUCAAUUGUUCCUCGAGGACGCUAUAAAGGAGAACUUCAUAAUGUCCUUGCCGUGUCCUGUCGCGUCCGACAGCAUGGAGGUGACCAAGGCCCUCGAGGCUGGUCUGAUAGAUAGGGAGAAGGGAGUUUUCGUCGAUCCAACGACUGGCACUCCGAUACCGAUAUUGGAAGCCAUUGAAUCCGGUUUGCUGGUAGUGAAAUCGCCAGCCAGCCGCGUAUCCACGGUCGCCGACUCUGGCGGCGUCACUGAAACUGUCACUAUUAAAACCAUUGAUAUUUCGCAAGGUUACUCGUUGGCGAACGCUACCGAGGUGAAGAAUAUCGAGACCGGGGACACGAUCAGCAUCGAGGAAGCCCGUCGCAGAGGAAUCGUCAGAGACGUGUUGGAACGCAGAGAGUUUACCACCAAGGACGCCAAAAUGAAUUUCGACGACGCGCUUCAGAAAGGAUUGCUCGACAUCGCCGCUGGUACUUACACCAAUCCUUCGACAGGAGUCGCGAUGCCUAUUCCAGAGGCUAUCGAGAACGAUCUCUUGGACGCUUCUUCCGAUCAGACCGAUACAGCUACCACCAACGCAGUCCAACAAAUCGAUCAGAUCUACGACGAAAAAACCGAGAGAUUUCUUGAUCCAGAUACCAAGAAGUCUUACACUCUUACCGAAGCAAUGGAGAUCGGAUUGGUCGAUCCGAACACUCCUCUUUACGACGCUAGAACUACCGAGACGGUCACUGCUAAACAAGCACUCGAGAGGGGAAUGAUCGAUCCUGUCACGGGGAAGACUAAAGACGCUGAAGGUCGUGGUUCCGUUUCUCUGAAGCAGGCCGCGAAAUUGGGACUAUUGGCGGUGGUGGCAGCGCCAGUUCUCGCUGGAAAAGCGGUGUACGACGCUGUUCGCGAUGCUUCGAGCAAGAAAGACAAAGAGAUUGAUACACGCGCGAAGCAGGAACCUGCCAAGGUUUCCCGCCAAAAAGAAGAACAAAAAGUUUCGUCUGUGGUGGAUGGUGGUUUUGAAAAGAAAUCGAUGGUAGCAGAAACGCCAAAAGAGUCUCCUCCGGUGCAAGAGCAAACAGGAAAGGUAGAACCGUCCAAGCAACAACCUGAAACGAAGGAACUCGUGAAACAGCCAGACGAGAAACUGGAAGAGCCUUCGAAGAUAAAAGUAAAGGAGGAAUCACAAUCACCAGUUCAGCAUUCAGAGAUGCAGAUGAAAUUAGAAGAAACGGAGGAGGAAACAGAAAAAUCGGACGAAGUGGAGAAAAUAGAGACACCACAGAGAGAAGAGAUGCCCACCGAAGCAGAGGCUCUGGAGGAGUUCGAGCAAUUGGAGGCGGAACAAGACCAGGAGAGAGAAACCGAAUUCGAGACCGAAGAAGAUGGAAGACGAUUGACGAUCGAAGUGACGCCCGAUUUAACGGUCUAUGAUCUCGUUGUUCGAGGCGCGUACGACCUAGAAAAGGAGAAAUUCUUGGAUCCCGAGACAGAGGAGGUGGUCUCGUUCAGUAGUUUCGUUCUGGACCUCGGCGUGUUCGAUCCAGACCGAGUGUUGGUGAAGAAUCUGUCCUGCAGAACCACGGACAAGUACGUGACCCUGCGCGAAGCGAUUGCCAAGCCUUUGGUAGAUAGAAAUCACGGAUACAUGGUCGAUCCGAAGUCGGGCAAAAAGAUACCGUUCUUCGAGGCGGUGAGUUUAAGCUUGAUCAAGCAAAUGCCUGCGAUCGAUCAGUCAGAAAUCGCUACGAGGGCUGGUCAGGAUGGUCUGACUCUGCGCGAGGCCAUUGAAGACGGUUUGUUCGACUCGUCGACCUGCGAGAUUCACGACCCAACGACGAAUCGAACGUUGAAGCUGAACGAAGCUGUCGAGAGUGGACUGAUCGACCCCAGUUCGAUCAGCGUUCGGGAUCCUGUAAGCGACGAGGUUUUAUCCUUGCAAGAGAUACUGGAAUCCGGAGCAAACAUCGACGUCAAGGAUGCUUUCGAUAAAGGACUGGUCGUUCCCAAAUCGCGUAAACCAAUUUCGUUGGAAGCUGCUAUCAGAAAGGGGCUGUACGAGGAGGACACCGGCAAGAUCCUGGACGAGUUAACCGGUCAGUCGAUAGACGUGGAGGAGAGCGUACGCAGAGGACUGAUCGACGCGUUCAUCAGCGAGUGCGAGGACACCAAAGCAGGAACGUUCCUCUCGUUGGAGGAGGCUCUAAGCAGCGAGUCGAAGUUGCUGGAUCCGAGCACGGGUCGAUUACGAGACACCAAAACGGGCGAACUGCUUCCAUUGAACGUUGCCCUGAAGAGAGGAAUCAUCGCUACCACAGCUUUCGUCCCUUCCUUGACCGACGCCAUCGUGCAAGAGUAUUAUUGUCCAACGACUGGCCUCGUCGCGAACCCUACAACGGGGGAGGAGACCACUUUGAAAAAGGCACUGAUCACCGGCUACGUCGACGGGGAAACAACGAUGAUCAGGGACGAUCGAGACGAGAGAGUAUUGUCCCUACAGGAGGCUGAGGAGAGUCGAUUGGUCGAUCUCGAAAAGGGAAUACUGGUAUCUCCGCAUCCUAUGACACUGGACGUCGCGCACGAGAAAGGAUACAUCCUCAGCACCUUGAAACCUUGGACCCUGCAAGAAGCUCUGGCCCAUCAGACUUACGAUCCCCAGAAAGGCACGUUCAACAUAGACGGCGAGAUCUACACCCUCGAGAAGGCGCUCGAAAUCGGUUUGAUCACCAAAGACAGUUCAUCCGUGAAGGAUCCGAGGAACAGUGAAAUAAUCUCGCUGAGCGAAGCCAUUAAACAGGGCCUGAUCGAUCCUAAAACCGGCACAGCCCUCGAUCCGUUGACCAGCUCGCCUUUGUCGCUGACGGACGCUCUCGAUCACGGGAUCAUCGUCCCUGCGAAGCGCAAGAUCUCGCUACCAGAGGCGGUGUUCAAGGGUCUCUACGAGCCCACGACCGGUCGCUUCAUCGUUCCGGAGACUCGCGAGAAGCUACCGACCGAUCGUGCGAUCAAAGCCGGCGUUAUAGAUCCCAGCACAGCGGUGGUGCUACGCCAACCGGACGGCAAAGCGAUCACCUUCGACAGAGCGAUCAAAGAACUGAUCGUCGAUCCAAAAACUGGAACGGUGACCAACGAGAAAGGAAAACGCGUGGACUUCCGCGAGGCGUUGGAGCACGGAUUGCUCUUGGAGACCAGACGACCGAUGACCUUCAGCGAAGCCAUUUCCAAAGGUAUUCUGGACACGAGAACGAACACGUUCCUGGACCCCCAAACGGGCGUGUACCUCAGUUUACUGGAGGCGAUCCAGAGGAACCUGAUAGACGCGGACUCCGUGACUGUCAAGGACGGCAGAAGCGGUUUCCGGGAGAGGAUUUCGCUGAUGGACGCCAUAAGGACCGGCUACAUCAACGGUACCACCGGCAAAGUGAACGUCACAGCAGACUCUGUGAUGUCGUUGCAAGAAGCUUACAACGCCAGCUUGAUCAUCGAUCACAGAGCGGCCAUGUCCUUGCAGCGGGUGAUCCACAAAGGAUUCUACGACGAACAGACCGGAAAGAUCACCAAUCCCAGGACAGAGAGAUCGGUCACUCUGCACGAAGCCAUGAGGAACUGUCUGAUCAAUCCUACGCUUCCCUGUUACUGGGACAAACGAGCGGACAUGUUGCUCUCGCUAGCGGAAACCUGUCGCGCGGGAGUGAUCGACAGACGAUCGGGGAUGUUCAAGGAGCCAGGGGCGAACAGAUCGGUAUCGCUGUCGUUGGCGUUGCAGCUUGGACUGAUCGUCGACAUCGAGAUCACGGAGUUCUGCCUCCACCAGGCGAUCAUGAUGAACAUUUACGAUCCAUCCACAGGGAGGUUCACGCAUCCGUCCAGCAACCAGAAGCUCACUCUAGCAGAAUCCUGUCACGCGAAACUGAUAGAUGCCGACGCGUCGAUCGUCCGUUGCGAUCAAUCCGACCGGUACAUGCCGCUCACCAUGGCCAUUUCUAGCGGUAUCAUAAACGACACUCGCGGAACGUAUACGCUGUCUGACAACGGCGGAUCCAUCGAUCUACGAGAAGCAGUCUCCAGAGGACUCAUCGUAUCCUCGAAGUUCCCGCUCAGCAUAGAGGAGGCGGUCGCCUGCGACCUUUACAGAAGCCAGACCGGCGUGUUCGUCGAUCCACGUACUAAUAAGAGUCACGAUCUCACGCGUGCCUUCGACGUUGGCCUCCUAGAUCCCGACACAACCGCCCUCAAGGACGCGAUCACCGGACAGAUAACGUCCCUCUUGGCGGGCAUCGAGAACGGCGCCAUCGACGUGCCACACGGACGAAUCCUGGACUCGAAAACGAAACGAGCCUAUCCCAUCGACGUUGCCCUCGAGCGUGGCCUCCUGGUUACCUUGGAGAAACCGUUGACCCACGAACCGGCUCGUCAGAGCGUCACGCGCAAGGAGGAACCGUCCCGUCAGGAGUGCAGCAUCCAAGAGGCAAUCGACAAUCGUCUGAUCGAUCCAAACACAGCCGUGGUCAGACACCCGAAGAACGGCAGAUUCGUCACGGUGAACAGCAUCCUGGCUGACGGCGAGUUGGAUCCAACAGUCAGAGGAACGAUCGAGUCCGACUCGCCCCGUACAUCGGAUGGCAAACUGACGCCGCGUUUCGUUCGUUUUGGCGACGUCGAGGUGUACUUCGAGCGACCUCUGACCUUCGAGGACGCCGUGGAGAGAGGACACUUGUCCACGGAGAGCGGGAAACUGACGGAUCCGAAGACAGGCGAGCUAGUUACGUUGAAGGACGCCGUGGGACUCGGUAUCGUCGAUUCCGAUUCCGCGCUGAUCAAAGACACCAAGAAGAAGAAGCUGAUCAAAUUGGCCGAGGCGUUCAGGAAAGGUCUAAUGGACGCUGAGAAGGGUAACGUCUUGGAGACAGAGACCUCGAGACUGUACCCGUUGUCGAAAGCCAUCGAGGCGGAGCUCCUCAUCACGCCCAAACGCGGUUUGUCCUUCAUCGAGGCCCUAGAGUUCGGACUGUACGACACCGCGUCCGGUAGCUUCGACGAUCCCUUCCGUGUCGCGUCCGCGUUAGAUCGUAAACCGGCCACGUUGACGGAAGCAAUCGACGUCGGGUCGAUCGAUCCCUCCGGCACAGUGAUCAAAGAACCCGGUACCGGUAAAAUCGUUAGUUUGUUAGAGGCUAUAAACACCGGGAUAAUAGAUCCUAGGGCGGGCAGGCUUAUCGAAGACCCAUCGGGAAAGAGCCUUGACUUCGCGAAAGCCCUGGACCAGGGUUAUAUUCUCACCGCAGAAGCUAGGCAAGCGGUCGAGGAAAAGUACAAACUGUGCGACGAAACGUCCUCGAAGCUCCUCCAAUGGAUAUCCGAGGUCGAAGACAAACUGGCCGAGCAGGACAACGUCAAGGAAGACGUCGAUCAGCUUCGAAGUCAGAUAAACGCGAUGAAAGAGAUCAAAGAAGACCUCGAGGCCCACGCCCGACCAGUUUCCUCCUGCCUCGAUCAGAUUCGCCAAGUGGUUCUAACAGGAGGCAACGUGCUGUCCAGCGAGGAAGUGUCCACCUUGGAGAGAAACGGUCGGUCCCUGAAGACCAGGUUCGACAGAGCCUCGGAUCGAACCGAGAGAAUGGUCAAACGUCUGAUCGCCGCCAGAGACGAAUUGGUCAAAUUCAAAAACGAGUUGUCGACGUUCUCUCACUGGCUGGAUAACGCUAGACGAGUCUUGGAAGAGAAGGAGCAUUCAUUGUCCGACUUGAACAAGUUGAACAGCAGCGCGGACGCCACGCGUGAUUUCAUUAGCGACGUUAUAGCGCACCAAGCUGACCUACGGUUCAUCACAAUGGCCGCGCAGAAGUUCGUCGACGAGAGCAAAGAGUUCCUUCAUGUUCUGAACGAGUUCCGGACCAGUCUGCCGCAGAGGCUGCCGCACAAAGAACCGAUAGCUAGUCAGGACUCGCCCGUGCGCGGUGAGGUGUCGAUCGUCACUGCUCAGUACAAAGAUCUGCUCUCGCGGGCGAAUCUCCUGGCCGACAAGCUCUCAGGAGUUGGUGGAAGGCAGCGGGAUUACCGCGAGUCCUUGGAAAAAGCGAAAACUUGGCUGAAGGAGGUCGAACCGAAGGUUCACAGAGCCAUUUCCGAGUCGAUCGCGGCGGAACCGAAACAAGUCGAGGACCAAUUGAGCAAAGCAAAGGCGCUGAACAACGAGAUGCUUGCUAACGAACGCUUAGUGGAGAACGUCAAGGUCACGGUUGACGCGCUUUUGAGGUCUCUCGACGGUCAGUUAACACCGAAAGAGGUCGACGAACUGGAAGAGCCGGCAAGAGCCUUGGAGGACAAGUACAGACAGUUGAUCAACGCGAUUGGAGAGAAGUGCCAAGAAUUGGAUGCAGCGUUGGUUCGAAGCCAGGGAGUGCAAGAUGCUUUGGACAGCUUGGUACUCUGGUUGAACAACAUCGAGAGUCAGUUCAAGAACAUUCAGCGACCAGCGAGUUUGCAGAAAGAGCGGCUGGAAGAACAGCAGAGGGAUCAGCGUCUUCUUCAAGCAGACUUGGACAGUCAUCGUUUGAGCGUGGAAGCAGUUGCAGGCAGUGCACGGGAUCUGCUCACGAACUCGAACAACACACGAAUCGCGAAGCGUAUCGAGGGCAAGUUGAAAGACGUUCAGGUCAGGUUCGAGAAGCUGAUGGACAAGUCGUUGCGCCGGGGUGAAUUCCUCGAUGAAAUCGCGCAGGCACUUGGAGACUUCUUGGUAGAGACCACCAAGUUCGACAGCUGGUACGCUCAAAUGAUCGAGGCGUUGGAGUCGAGGGACUUGAACAAACUGGACGUAGCCGAGUACGAGAGCAAAAUGGAGUCUCUGAUUGAUAAGCGGGAAUAUCAACGAGCUAGCUUCGAAGAGCUGAUCCGCAACGGGAAGAACUUGAUCUCGAAGAAGGAUGUCACGGACGUAGCUCUGAUCAGAGACAAGAUCAAGGCUCUCGAGUCUCAGUGGAAGGACGUGAACAAUUUGAUCGACGAGAAGCUACGGCUGAGCAGCUCAAGAGCGAAACAGCUUUUCGCGUACGAGAAACUUCGCGAUCAGGUUAUCGAUUGGUUAACACGCACCGAGAACAAGGUUCAGGGCCUCGAACCCGUAGCUGUCGACUUGGAGAAGUUAAAGAGACAGGCUGACGAAUUGAAACCAGUGCAGAAAGAGUACCGUGAUUAUGGUAACACCGUAGAUAAAGUGAACGAUCUUGGAAUCGCUUACGAUGGUCUGCUGAAAGAACGAACCGAGAGCCCAACUCGACGUCGUGGUAGUACCAGUCCAACCAAGAGACCAGUACGACGAAUGUCACAAGACGGUCGCUCACCAUCUCCCGCUAAAUUGUAUGCAGCUCAAAGUCCGGUCUCUCCAGGUGGUAGCAGCGGAUUCAGUAGCCGCCGCUCCAGUCAAGACGGUUUUCAUCUCGAGGACUUGUCGCCUGUUCAGCAACAGCUUUCUGAGAUCAACAAUAGGUACGGAUUGUUGGGCGUGCGCUUGACCGACCGGCAAACAGAAUUGGACUCUGUGAGAGACGAACUCAAGAGACACGUGGAUAACUUGAAGACCCUGUCCCAGUUUCUGGAAAAGAUUCAGCGACAAAUACCGAAAGAGUGUAUACCAAACACGAAAGAGGAGGCGGACAAGACGGCGAAACAGAUCAAGAUCGUGAUCGAGGAAAUGUACGAAAAGCAAUCGUUGCUGGACACUACCAGGACCCAAGUGCGCGAUUUGGUCAGACGUAAGAAGGGAGCACACGGUGUGGACAGACUAAACGAUGAGAUGGAAGAUGUAACCAGCCGAUGGAGAUCGUUCAGCGAACGCUGUAAGGAUAGAAUAAAGUUCUUGGACGACGUGAAGGACUUCUACGACACAUCAGAGGGCCUGGUGUCGUGGCUCGGGUCGAAAGAGAGAAUGUUGAGCGCGUUGGGUCCCAUCUCGGCCGAUCCUAGAAUGGUUGCUAGUCAGGUGCAGCAGGUUCAAGUUUUGCGGGAAGAAUUCCGUACUCAGCAGCCUCAAUUGGAUCACUUGGUGCAAGUCGGAGAGAAUAUUCUCGGGGUGAUAGGAAUCGAUUCCACGGAUGGUCAGAGAACUAGCGCGAAGUUGAAAUCUAUUUUGGACAAGUGGGCCGAUCAGUUGUCCAGACUCGACGAGAGGGCGCAAAGUUUGGGAGACGCAGUUGACACCAGUCGCGAGUUCGACGCGAGUCUGAACCGUUUGCGCGACGCUCUGCAAGGAAUCUCGGACAAUCUGGACGAAUUGACCCUCGAGAAGGACCCUGAGGAUCAGCUGCGGAAAAUCGAGAACCUCGAGAGACAAUUGGAAGGCCAAAGACCUUUGCUGGCCGACGCCGAAGCAGCGGGUGAACAGCUCUGCGAAGUCUUGAGCGAUCCGGCCUCAAAAUCCGAGAUCCAUGGAAAGUUGGCUGCCGUUGGUAAACUUUACACGAACCUUCAAAAGAAAUUGGACCACAAGAAAGCUGAGAUCGAGGGUAACUUACGAGAUGGAAGACAGUUCGAGGCCUCCUGCACCAAAACCUUGGGUUGGCUUGCCGAUGAGCUUGGAAACAUGUCAGAGAAAUUGUUGGUAUCCGCUGACCGAGACAUCUUGCAGCAGCAACUCGAUCAUCACGAGCCGAUAUAUAGGAACGUAAUGGGCAAAGAACACGAGGUCAUCAUGCUGCUGAACAAGGGACGUGACAUGCUUACACGGUCUCAGAAAGUCGAGAAUCGAUCUCUGCAACGCGACUUGGACAAAAUGCAUUCGCAGUGGGAUCGUUUGAAGAAAGACAUGCUCGAUAGGCACACAAAGUUGCAGACCUGCGCGGAACACUGCAAGAAGUAUUAUAAAGCGCAAGAUUCGUUCUUGCCGUGGCUUCGACAAGCCGAAGACAGACUCGAGUGUUUGAAACCAGCUUCCUUCAAACGCAAGGACAUUGAAAAACAACUCAAAGAACUUUCGUCGUUCAGAAAUGAGGUCUGGAAACAUUCCGGGGAGUUCGAAAACAAUAAGACUCUGGGCGAAACGUUCCUCGGAGCUUGUGACAUUGAUAAACAGAACGUCAAAAAUGAACUUGGUGCCAUGAAGACUAGGUGGGACAAGCUGAACAACGAUCUACUGACAAGAACACAAUCCUUGGAAGAUACUGCGCGACAUUUGAUGGACUUCAACGAAAAUUUGCGAGAUUUGCGACACGGCUUGCAGCGUUGCGAGGAUAAAUUGGCAUCUCACGACGCUCUCGGUGGAGCGGCUAAAGAUCCGAAGCUUCUCGAUAGGAUAAAGAGUUUACGAGAAGAGACGACAAACUUGAAGAAACCUCUGCAAUGCGUGAAACAGCAAGCCAAUGACUUGGCGAACAAGGCUGGUGAACAAGGUGUCGACGCGACGCACUUGCAGGACGAGGUGGACAAUCUGAACGAUCGAAUCAACGACCUGCAAGCGAAGUUGGACGACAGAUGCAACGAAUUGCAGAGUGCAGCUACCGCUGUCGCGCAAUUCAACGAUCACGUGAAAUCGAUAGGUCAACAGGUCUCCAGUCUCGAGAAGGAAUUGGACUCGAUGAGAGCACCGGGAAGAGAAAUUAAAAUUGUACGAUCUCAGAUAGAGGAAACGACGAAAGUGAUCAGCAAGGUCAACCGAUUGUACGAGGAAGUCACCGAUCUGGAAAGCCUCGGCGAACGUUUGGUCGAUUAUGGUUUCGCGGCUGACGCCGUAGCUACCAGAGAGCAGGUCGCUGGCUUGAAACGACAAAUCGGAAAACUCGACGAUCGUUCUCGGGACCGCCACGACGAACUUACCGCAACACUUGACAAGCUGCAAGAAUUUUAUCAGGCGCACACCACCGUAAUCUCAGAGAUCGACGAAGCAAACGAACAGUUCAGGAGGUUCAGGCCUGUUGGGUCAGAAGUAGAAUCUAUAAAAGCACAACAGGAGGACUUCAGACUUCUGAAACUCCACAAGAUAGAGCCGUUGGCCCGUGCCGUCGAAGAUUGCAACUCGCUGGGCCAGGGUUUGAUUCAGACUGCCGGUCGCGACGUUAAUACCAGCAAUAUCGAAAAGGAUGUCGACAAGAUGAACGACAAGUGGAACGACCUGAAAGAUAGGUUGAACGAGCGGGACAGAAGAUUGGACGUGGGGCUUCUUCAGUCGGGCAAAUUCCAAGAGGCUCUGGACGGGCUGGAGAAAUGGUUAACGGACACGGAGGAGAUGGUCUCCAAUCAGAAGCCACCGUCUUCGGAUUACAAGGUGGUCAAGGCACAGCUGCAGGAGCAGAAGUUCUUGAAAAAGAUGCUGAUGGACCGACAGAACUCGAUGUCGUCUUUGUACAACAUGGGCCAAGAGGUGGCGGCUGGAGCAGAUCCCAAGGAACGAAAGAUGAUCGAGAAGCAGUUGAAAGAAUUGGUGGGAAGAUUUGACAACCUAACGGAAAGUGCUGCAGAGAGAAUGGAAGCGCUCGAACAAGCAAUGGGCGUAGCUAAACAAUUCCAGGACAAACUGGUCCCGCUGGCAAUCUGGUUGGACAAAACGGAGAAACGCGUUAGGGACAUGGAGCUGGUACCAACGGACGAGGAGAAGAUUCAGCAACGCGUUACGGAACACGACGCUCUUCACGAAGACAUUCUGUCGAGGAAGCCCGACUUCAGCGAGCUCACCGAAAUAGCUAGUCAAUUGAUGGCCCUUGUAGGCGAGGAUGAGGCUAGCUUGCUGGCUGACAAAUUACAAGACGCUGCUAACAGAUACGCAGCUUUGGUGGAACGGUCGGAGGCACUCGGUGGAUUAUUGCAGAGAUCCAGACAAGGCUUGCGUCAUUUGGUUCUGAGCUAUCAAGAACUCCAGGCCUGGAUGGAGAGCAUGGAGAUAAGGUUAUCGAAGUAUCGGGUCUUGGCAGUACACACGGAGAAGCUUCUCCAGCAGAUGGAAGAUCUUGCGGAUUUGACCGAAGAAGUCUCAACGCGACAGACCGAGGUAGACAGUACCACCGAUGCAGGCUUGGAACUGAUGAAACACAUCUCCAGCGACGAGGCCCUUCAACUGAAGGACAAGCUCGAUUCCCUGCAACGACGAUUCAACGAUUUGGUCAGCCGUGGUUCGGAUCUACUGAAACACGCGCAAGAGUCCCUGCCGCUGGUCCAACAGUUCCACGACAAUCACAAUCGGCUGAUGGAUUGGAUGCAGGCCGCGGAAUCCGCUCUGCAAUCCGCGGAGCCUCGCGAGGACGAGAUCGUGCGAUUGGAAAUGGAAAUAUCCGAGUACAGACCAGUCUUGGACAAGAUCAAUGCCGUUGGACCACAGCUGUCUCAGCUAUCACCGGGCGAGGGUGCAGCGACCAUAGAGGGCUUGGUCACUAGGGACAAUAGACGAUUCGAUGCUAUCGCGGAACAGAUCCAACGAAAGGCCGAGAGGAUUCAGCUGAGCAAGCAGCGUUCUCUGGAAGUUAUUGGCGACAUCGACGAUCUACUGGAAUGGUUCCGCGAAGUGGACAAUCAAUUGCGGGAGGCGGAACCACCGAGCAGCGAGCCCGAGAUCAUCAGGGUGCAGCUGAAGGAGCACAAAGCACUGAACGAUGACAUAUCCAGUCAGAAAGGUCGCGUCAGGGACGUGAUAUCGACAGCGAAGAAAGUGAUACGCGAGAACGGCCAUCACGAGGAUACCUCGACCAUCAGAGAAAAGAUGGAGGACCUCCGCGAGACCAUGGAGAUCGUGUCUGGCCUCUCAGCGGACAGACUGGGAGCUCUGGAGCAAGCAUUGCCACUGGCCGAGCAUCUCCGCGAUACCCACAUCGGUUUGGUCAGCUGGCUCGAGGAGGCCGAACAACAGGUCGCCAUGCUCCCUAUGCCAGCCUUGAGGCCCGACCUGAUCGCUGCUCAACAGGACAAGAACGAGCUCCUGUUGCAGAGCAUCAACGAGCACAAACCCUUGGUCGAGAAGCUGAACAAGACCGGCGAGGCACUGCUGAAGCUCUGCAACGAGGAGGAAGGUAUCAAGAUACAGGACAUCCUGGAAGCAGACACUGCUCGGUACGCAGCCCUCAGAGCCGAGCUACGAAGUCGACAACAGACUCUGGAACAGGCGUUGCAGGAGUCCUCUCAAUUCUCGGACAAACUGGAGGGUAUGUUGCGCGCUCUUUCCUCCACGGCGGACCAGGUACACGGCGCGGAACCGAUCAGCGCUCAUCCUGGUCGCCUCAGGGACCAGAUGGAGGAGAAUUCGGGCCUGGUGGACGAACUGGCCCAAAGGUCGGAGGCGUACGCGGCCGUGAGACGCGCCGCGGACGACGUGAUCAGCAAGGCGGGCAACAGAGCCGAUCCAGCCGUGAAGGACAUCAAACGGAAGCUCGAGAAACUGAACAAACUAUGGAGCGACGUGCAGAAAGCCACCAACGAGCGAGGACACACGCUGGACGAUGCCCUGACGAUAGCAGAGAAGUUCUGGUCCGAGCUGAACGGCGUGAUGUCGACUCUGCGAGAGCUGCAAGACGCUCUCGCUGGUCAGGCGCCGCCAGCCGCUCAGCCGGCCGCCAUUCAACAGCAACAGGUCGCCCUGCAAGAAAUCAGACACGAGAUCGACCAGACCAAACCGGACGUGGAGCAGGUACGCGUUUCCGGCCACGAGCUGAUGGGUCUAUGCGGCGAACCAGACAAACCCGAGGUCAGGAAGCACAUCGAGGACCUGGAGCAAACCUGGGACAACGUAACCGCCCUAUACGCCAGACGCGAGGAGAAUUUGAUCGACGCGAUGGAGAAGGCCAUGGAGUUCCACGAAACGUUGCAGAACCUUUUGGAGUUCUUGCAGGAGGCCGAGGAGAAGUUCGCCCGCAUGGGUCCGCUGGGCAGCGACAUCGACGAAGUUAAGAAACAGAUCAAGCAAUUGGCCAAUUUCAAAGCGGAAGUAGAUCCUCACAUGGUCAAGGUCGAAGCCCUGAACAGACAAGCCGCCGAAUUGACGGAAAGGACAUCGUCGGAGCAAGCAGCCGCCAUCAAAGAGCCGCUGGGAGCCGUGAACAAACGAUGGGACGGAUUGCUCAGAGGCCUGGUCGAAAGGCAGAGACUCCUGGAGAACGCUCUGUUGCGGUUAGGACAAUUCCAACAUGCGCUCGACGAGCUUCUGGUAUGGAUCGAGAAGACGGACGACACUCUGGACAAUUUGAAAGCGGUGGCUGGCGAUCCACAAGUGAUCGAAGUGGAGCUGGCCAAGCUGAAGGUGUUGGUGAACGAUAUUCAAGCUCACCAGACGAGCGUCGACACGCUGAACGAUGCUGGUAGACAGCUGAUCGAGGACGGGAAGGGAACAGCGGAAGCGUCGACGACGGCUGAGAAGUUGGGUACUUUGAACCGUCGUUGGCGCGAUCUGCUUCAACGCGCUGCCGAUCGUCAACGAGAGCUGGAAGACGCUCUCAGGGAGGCGCAGUCCUUCACCGCGGAGAUACAGGAUCUUCUGUCUUGGCUCGGCGACGUGGACAACACCAUAGUGGCUUCCAAGCCGGUCGGAGGACUUCCGGAAACGGCCUCGGAACAGCUAGAGCGAUUCAUGGAAGUCUACAACGAGUUGGAGCAGAAUCGGCCGAAGGUCGAGACGGUUCUUCAGCAGGGUCAGGAGUAUCUGAAGCGAGCCGACACGCACAGCGCCGGAGGACUGAACCACAACUUGAAGACCUUGAAACAACGCUGGGACAACGUCACGGCACGAGCCAGCGACAAGAAGAUCAAGCUGGAGAUCGCGCUGAAGGAAGCCACGGAGUUCCACGACGCGCUCCAGGCGUUCGUUGACUGGCUGACCAACGCGGAGAAGAUUCUGACCAACCUGAAACCCGUGUCGAGGGUGAUGGAGACCAUACUUGGCCAAAUAGAGGAGCACAAGUCUUUCCAGAAGGAUGUGGGAGUUCAUCGCGAGACGAUGCUGAAUCUCGACAAGAAGGGAACUCAUUUGAAGUACUUCUCCCAAAAACAAGACGUAAUUCUGAUUAAGAACUUGCUGAUAAGCGUGCAACACAGGUGGGAGAGGGUAGUGUCCAAGUCUGCUGAGAGAACGAGGGGUUUGGAUCACGGUUACAAGGAGGCCAGAGAGUUCCACGACGCUUGGUCGAGCCUGAUGAACUGGCUGGACGAGACUGAGAAAACUUUGGACGAGGUUGCGGCUGACGGUGGCCUCGGUGGAAACGAUCCCGAGAGAAUAAAGACGCGACUGAACAAACACCGCGAAUUACAGAAGGCGUUAAGCGCGAAACAGGGCACCUAUGACACCACCAUGAAGAACGGUAAGACGUUGAAGGAUAAGGCCCCCAAGAGCGACGAGUUCGCUCUGAAGGAACUCUUGAACGAAUUGAAGAACAAGUGGACCACCGUUUGCGGCAAGUGCGUGGACAGGCAGAGGAAGCUCGAGGAGGCUCUGCUAUUCUCUGGACAGUUCAAGGAUGCCAUUCAAGCGUUGCUCGAGUGGCUCAGCAAGUCCGAGAAACAACUGGCGAACACAGGACCGCUCCACGGCGACUUGGACACCGUGGUGAACUUGGUCGAACAGCACAAGACCUUCGAGAAGGACUUAGAGUCUCGAGCCUCUCAGAUGGAGUCUGUUAUAAAAACCGGUCGAGAGUUGCUCGGCAAAGCGACGCCCGAGGACGCAUCCGCCAUUGGAUCUCAGCUGGCCGAACUGAACGACCUCUGGAACACGGUGUCCCGAUUGUCCUCCGAGAAGACGGACCGUCUCGAGGACGCGCUUAGAGAAGCGGAACGUUUGCAUAAGGCGGUCCACGUGCUUCUCGAAUGGCUGAGCGACGCCGAGAUGAAGCUGAGGUUCGCUGGGCAGCUGCCGGAGGACGAGCAGGAGAGUAGGAAUCAGUUGAUGGAACACGAGAAGUUCUUGCGCGAACUGCGUACCAAAGAAAUGGAGAAGGAUCAGACUUUGGAACUGGCUCACGCGAUUCUCGCGAAAGCUCACCCGGACGGCGUUCUGGUCAUCAGGCACUGGAUCACGAUCAUUCAGUCCAGGUGGGACGAAGUGGCCACCUGGGCUCACCAGAGGAAUCAGAGAUUGGAGAACCACAUGAGAGGACUUCAGGACCUAGACAAUCUCUUGGAAGAGCUACUUUCGUGGCUGGAAGGUCUGGAGAAUACCCUGAACGCGCUCGAGGCCGAGCCUCUGCCGGACGACAAGGCUACGUUGGAGAUGCUGAUUGCGGAUCACAGAGAGUUCAUGGAGAACACUAGUCGAAGGCAGAACGAGGUCGAUCGCGUUUGCAAAGCCAGACAGAUCAAAACAGUCAAAGACACAAAGAAGAUGUCGAAGGCUAAGUCACCCGCGCCGACCCGAGCCAGCCCGGGCCGUGAGAGAACGCCAGAUUCGUUGCCGCACAUUGGCCCACGCUUCCCACCCAAAGGAAGCAAAGGCGCCGAACCGGAGUUCCGUAGCCCGAGGGUGAAGCUUCUCUGGGACCGGUGGAGACACGUGUGGAUGUUGGCCUGGGAACGCCAACGCAGACUCCAGGACAAGUAUAAUUACAUUCAGGAAUUAGACCGUGUCGCGAACUUCAGCUGGGAGGACUGGCGUAAGAGGUUCCUGAAAUUCAUGAACCACAAGAAGUCCAGGUUGACAGACCUCUUCAGGAAGAUGGACAAGAACAACGACGGACUGAUUCCGCGCGAUGACUUCAUCCAAGGAAUCAUGAACACCAAAUUUGAGACUUCACGGUUAGAAAUGGGAGCAGUCGCGGAUUUGUUCGAUCGCCACGGGGAGGGACUGAUCGACUGGAAAGAGUUCAUUGCCGCCCUGAGACCCGACUGGGAGGAGCGCAGAACGUACAACGACACGGACAAGAUCCACGACGAGGUGAAACGGUUGGUGAUGCUGUGCACUUGUCGCCAGAAAUUCCGUGUGUUCCAAGUCGGCGAGGGAAAAUACAGGUUCGGGGACAGUCAAAAAUUACGACUGGUUCGAAUUUUACGAUCCACCGUGAUGGUACGAGUCGGUGGUGGAUGGGUAGCCUUGGACGAAUUUCUAUUAAAAAAUGACCCUUGCCGCGUUUUUCUAAUGCCGAUACCGGACCCUAACAAACCGGAACAACAUGAGGGUUGGUGUCCGCUCGCCAAGGGAAGAACGAAUAUCGAGCUGCGAGAGCAAUUCAUACUGGCGGACGGCGUCAGCCAGACAAUGACGGCGUUCAGAUCGAAGCCGAGCCCGACCUCGACGUUGCAGCGUACGCAAAUCUCAUCCGCGAAUACCGGACCGAUCACCAAGGUGAGAGAACGAAGCGCUCGAAGCGUUCCUAUGGGACAGUCCAGAGCGUCGCGCUCCUCUCUGAGCGCCGGGACGCCGGACAGCCUGAGCGACAACGAGAGUUCCUUCAGAAUUGGCUCCGCCAGGAAGACCAGCACACCCUACAGAAGCACCAUCACGCCCGGCGGUAGUCGUCCAUCGAGCAGACCGGCGUCGAGACCAGCGUCCAGACCGACCAGCAGACCCGGAAGCAGACCCGCCUCCAGACAGGGUAGCAAACCCCCGAGUCGCUACGGUUCCACUCAGUCGCUCGACAGCACUGAUGACUCGACCAACCUGAGCCGUAUUCCGCGCAGGACGAACGUGAGUACCACAGGGAACACGCCGACCUCCAGCAGACAUAACAGCGUGUCCGGAAAGAGACUUGGAACGCCGGUGAACGGUUCAAGUUCGAGGCCGCGAACGCCCACCGGUCUAGUUAGUCCAGCCAGUGGCGUUCCCGCGAGGUUUGGCACAAUCCAUAGAGCUUCGAGCAUUCCAACCCUGACUGGUGUCGGAACACCGAUCAGCCGCUCGAGGAUUCCCGUGUACAUCGGCUCGGAUAUUAAAUCCCCGCAAUCGACGACCAGCAAUAUAUCCACUCAUUCUACGCAAAGCAACAACUCGACGGUUUCUACCGAUUCUACCGGGAGCAGCUCGGUGUGUACAAAUUCAGCGACUAACACCUCCUCGGCCGUUAAACAAAAUAGAACGAGAACACCGUCCAGCGGUUCGAGCACGCCGCUGCCACCAUCCCUGAAGCUGUCGAGGAAACCUUCCGGGGCCUCGGACACCUCAGUGUCAACGACACCGACCACUCAACGGAAAGGAAGACCAACGCCGAUCGACCAACGAGCACCAUUCCGAUUAUAGUCGCCGGACAUCCUUAUAGUCAACACGAAAGAAAGGCCAAACGUCGACGCCGGGAUCGGCAAUCCUUUUUACGUGAUCCCCGUCGACGAAACGCUUAGGAUAAUCUAAUAUAUACAUAUAUGUAAUAACGAUUCGAACCGCGAGGACGCCUCGGGAGAUACCAGUCGUUAUUGGCUCUCGUUUCGAGCAUAGCGCGAAUUCGAUAUCGAAGCGAGGCCCUCCUCGGGCGCGUCCGCACUAAUCGACCGUAAAAGAGCUUAACAUUAUUAUCGAACUAUUUUGUAAAAAACGCAUAGAAUCAUGUAAUAUGGAACGGACGCGACGCGCGAUCCAAAGAGAAAUUUAUUUGGGAACAAUCGUCGGUUUUGCGUGAGAAACCUCUGCGUAACGGAAACCGACGGGCCUCGUUCUCGCGCCCCCACUCCGGCUGUAUCGAUUUAACUCUUUUUUCGUAAAUACGUUUCUUUACAUACAGAGAAUAGCGAUAACGAUUUAUUAUUAAUGUAAUUUGUAAUUUUACGUUAUCCAUAGAGCUAGGUGUUUAUCAGCAGACACGUGCGCGCGCGAAAGUAACGUCUCGUCCCUUGGAAAGAAAGAAAUCCGUGGCGGGUGUACGCGUACUUGCGAAUUCAAGAUGGCGGCGUACGCUCGAUCCCGCGUCGCUGACUACCGACCGAUCUUUUCGUUGUCCGUUUCCUUCCCCCUCGAUCCUCCAUCCUCGAUCGUUCUGUUAAUCGAUCCAAAGGGCCCUACUAGAGGAGCAACGAACAGAAGGAACGCCUGUUUCUUUUUUUCUUUUAUUUUUUUUUCGUUUUGUUUAGGGGAGAUUAAAAAUCACGAUGUAAAUAUUGCUCGAUUCUCCGGCUCGGUGUCGCAACCGGGAACCACUCCGCGAAUAAGACAGUUUCCUAGAAAAGACACGAGUUUACGCUACCCGCAACGAUUGCCUUAAAAGUCUAUCGCCGUACCGCUUCUGCGCGAAUCGUACCUGCCUGCCGAGGCGAACCGACGCUCGGAUGAAACAAGUAGGGCCCCGAACCAACGGAGAAGCGAUUCUUUUCGUCUGAUCGAGAACCGUUCGCCCCGCCAUCACGGGCGCACAACACAGAAAUAUCUAUUUUGCGAAAAGGCAUUUUUUCCGAUUCUUCUUCUACAUUUUUUUUUUUUUUUUUUUUUUACGUUUUAGAUGCGAUUAACGCGAUAGCACUGAUUCGUACGAUGAUGCGAUUAAUCUAUUAACUAUUCUUAAAUGUUAAUCUCUGUUUUCGCUUUACUUGAAGGUUCUGUAUCGUCGCUACUAAUUGCAGUGGAAAAAAGAAAUAUACGCAAAACGCACACGCAUUUGACACCAAACUGACGUUCCUCGAUCUUUCCUUCACAGAGACAUAUAGACAACGUAUAGAAACAAAUCGAAUAUGGCACGAUGGACGGAUCGUGUUCCGAGAAAGUUCACGACGAACUCGUACUUUUCGACGAGUGAGAAGAUCUAUGAUACUAUGUUUGAAUACCUGCGUUCCAAACCGUAGGUUCUUUUCUUACUUUAAUACCAAAUUCAUAAAAAUUCAUUAAAAUUUAAAUCUCGCGUAAGAGUGCUGGCACGUACCCAGAAACGUAGUGCUCUUUCCAUUUUCCAAAAUUUAUUUUAAUAUUCUCCAUUCUAACAGAGUCAACAAAUUCAUACAUGUUUUACGUACUUAUCUAUGUAUUUUAUUUUUUAUUAAUAAACA